AUGACCACCCCCGGCCUCACCGCCGAACAACUCGCAUCCUUCCGCCAAAACGGCUACCUCGUCAUCCGCAACGCCCUCGCGCCCUCCACCGUCCGGUCGCUCCUCGACGAAACCGACGCCCUCCUGACCGGCUUCUCGCUCGAGCACCACCCGCUCACGCGCUUCUCCACGGGCCAGAAAUCCGAACACGUCGGCGACGAGUACUUCCUCACCUCGGGCGACAAGAUCCGCUUCUUCUUCGAGGAAGACGCCUUCGACGACGCGGGCGCCCUGACCAAGCCGCAGGAGAGGGCCGUCAACAAGAUCGGCCACGGCCUGCACGCCCAGUCCCCGCCGUUUGCGCGCCUCAUUGACGGCCCUGCGCUCCGGCGCGCCGGCGAGCUCAGUCCCGCCGACGUCGCCGCGUCCCUGGGCUACCGGGAUCCCCGGUGCCUCCAGAGCAUGGUGAUUUGCAAGCAGCCCGAGAUUGGGGGCGCCGUGCCGCCGCACCAGGACUCGACGUUCCUGUACACGGAUCCGCCGAGCGCCACGGGCUUCUGGUACGCCCUCGAGGACGCCACGCAGGAGAACGGGUGCCUCAGCUUCCUGCCCGGGUCGCAGAGGUGGGCGCCCGUCGAGAGGAGGCUCGUCCGCAGGGGCGCCGGCGCCGGCGCCGGCACCGACAUGGUCGACAACGAGGGGGCGAGGUUUCCCGCCGGCGAGGGCGGGGAGCGCCCGCCGCCCGGCGUGGACGCCCACGAUGGCCGGCAGUACGUGCCGGGAGAGGUCAAGGCGGGCGACUUGGUCUUGAUUCAUGGGAACCUGUUGCACAAGAGCGAGAGGAACACGAGCUUGAAGGGGAGGAUCAUUUACACGUUUCAUAUUAUCGAGGCCGAGGGGACCACGUACGAUGAGAGGAACUGGUUGCAGCCGCCAGAGGGGGGCUUCACGAAGCUGUAUUCGUAG